AAGAUAACCAAAUGGCGUAUGCUUUGAUAGCCAUGCCAGUGUGAAUGCGUCUGCUGUGGCAUUGUGGUCUGACGGGAGGGUUCUAUAGUAUGUCAAGAUAAUCAGUCUGGAUACCAGCGAUCUGGAAAGCUAUUUGGCCGGAGAACGUUCGUCGCAGCGCAGAGGACACGAUUCCCAUCAAGUUCGCUCGAUUGCAAACCAUUUGCCAAACGUUCUUGCUAACUUGAGCUUGCCGAAUUUGGGUGAUCGGGUGCUCAGUGGUCACGUAAUGGCUGCCUAUCUCGGACGUUAUUGCAGCACUGCGGCUCGCUACAUGCUCUCUACAGUCACCGUGAAGGCAGCUGCAGGAUGAACCUUGCUCUACUGAUACCAUCAUCUUGAGACUUCCCUUAAUACGCUUUCUUUCUUACUUUGUUUUACGACUGAGGACCUCUGGAUACAUCAUGUCGUGGUGGCCGUCAUCCUGGUUACCGACGCUUCCUUCCAUUGACUUUACUUUACCUUCGGGUAUCCAGAAACGCUUCAUCUCGUUUGCUCUGAGGCAAACACUCGGACAUUUUCUGAAGCCUGGUCAGCUUGACAUCCAACAAGUGGAUUCUCAGAUUGGUUCUGGUUACGUGCAAGUAAGGGAUGUGGAGUUGGAUAAUAAUGCUAUCAAUGCCCUCAUUUCAGGACUGCCUCUCCAGCUGCAUGAUGGCUCUGUGGGCAAAGUGACGGCUCGCAUUCCGUUGCCAAACCCUCUAACGUCCUCUGUUGGACUGUCGCUCGAAUCGCUUCACUUGACAUUCUACAUCGUGCCUACAAUAUCGAGCCCCUCUCUCCUAAACCCCAGUUUCUUGGCAGAAUCUGUAGCGUCAGUUGCUGAUACAUUCAUUCAUGAAGAGCUGAGUGCUCCCGAGGAAGCGACCUUACGAGAAUCGUUCUACUCAGAGGUCUCUGAUUCUACGCAUACUUUUCCUGAGCACCUUCCUGGAGGCCUAGACCCAUUCUCUCCAGAGGGAGAUGACUCACAUGGUGAAGGUGAACCGCCAGGCGUCUCACUAUUUGCUACACUAGUUGAGAGACUCCUUUCCCGCUUUGAAUUUGAUGCGGUCGAUACGAAGAUCACCAUCGUUCACGCUGAACAUGCAAGCUUCACUCUUACUAUCCCUGAGAUUUGUUAUAGUACAGAAGGAGCCAGUCCAGCUGCAGAGAGUAUCAAGACACAAGCCGUCGAAGGUGUCGUACGUGCGGUAUCGAUAUCAGGUGUAUCGGUCACUACAAGAUCCCUCCUACCUCCAAGUCCACAACCUCUCUCUUCUUAUUCUUCACGCGGUGGUACAACGAUUGCACGCUCUUCCGGCAGGGCGUCCCCUGACAUGCCGCCAAUGUCCCCACGCUCUGACUCUUCUGACAUGGACGAAGAAACCCAAACGCUGAUGUCGCAAUCCAUAGUAACUCUCCCGCCUCGCCCGAUCUCUCCUACGAGUUCGGUGUCAAGUAGCAUGUAUGAAAGUGCUGUGUCUGAGGCACCGCCAUUCGAGCAGGUCGUGGAGGAGGAGAACGAAGACCCUCGUUCUUCCACUCCCUCUCCUCCGAGGCAAGUCCUUGAAGUCCCUCCUCCACAGACCUCCCCGCUUCAGAGGCCCGUAGUGAAUACUCAAAUCGAGGAGUUGGAGGAUGAUCUGAUUUUGACCUUGGGUACGGAGCCGAUUGUCAUUCGUGUCAUCACUCCAUCGCCUGUGCAGCCCAUGUCUGAUAAAGAGUCCUCUUCUGAUCCAUCUCCAUCUUCCCCUACUUCAUCAAAGGAUGAGAGUUCCAGAAGAAGAGUGGCUACAAAUAUUUCGCAGGACAACAGGUUACGCGUGACUGUACAAUUGGGAACCGCGGCUUCUGCUCUCCGCGCCCAACAUGUUCGGUCCCUUAUUGACGUCGCGGAUACCUUCGCUUCACAUUCUCCACCUCCGCCUUCUCCAGCAAAGCGGACGCUCUCUAAACCAUCUGAGCCAGGUGCUGCCUUGUUCGAGCAUAUUGAGGGAAGCGUACAAGUGCGAGGGGUGAUUAUCAUCCUUCUGCCAUCGCGACCUUCGUCCGCAUCGAAGGCUCGCGAGUUUCUAGCAAGCUUCUUUACCCAUCCGCUGGUCCCUCCAUCACUGCCACACGGGUAUGUUCGCAUCCUCUUGGAAACCGUCAGUGCCAGUUUGUCUUUGCAAACCGAAUUUGGCUCUGCAGCGAAAUCGGCGGUGCCCUCUCGGGCCUCGAUAGGUAAACGGACGUUAACCUCCUCCUUUACCCUGUCCGAACUCUCUAUUUUUGCUUUCCUUCGCGAAAAUGGGAACGCUGCAGAUUUAUACGCUUCUCCUAUACUCAUCACGGAUCCUCACCUCGCUUCUCAAUACCCUCCAUCUCAUAUUCACCCGCAUCUGGAUCAGUCGGAAUCGCAGACACGCCUGUCUUCGUUUGGUAUUGUAGAUUGGACGGAUUCUAUUCAUCGGGCAGAAUCCACCAAGCUUUCACACUGGCGCACGCGACAACAGUACAGUCGGUCAUCUUUAUCCUCUCGAAGUACGCCAGUCCAAAGAACUGAAGCACCUACUUCCUCGUCCCCGCGAUCACCUGCUGCUACGUCGCCUUCACCGCGUUCCUCAGGGUCCCCAUUCCCGUCAAGUUCGCCAGGAAGGUUUGGCGAUGCAAACUCACGGCCACGACAACCUGCUGUCAGUGCCAAACUGACCUCCGUAUCAUCCUAUGUAACUUCCUCUUCUCGCUUAAGACGACACGCUCCGGCAUCAAUUUUGCAAGUUGAAGCCAAUGUAGCUCCUUUGCAUGCCUUCGUUGACGCUGCAUUGUGCCUCGAAAGUGACACACCAAGGGGUGUCAGCGAACUUGUAGCCUUCAUGGAGGUGUUAGCGGCGCCAAAACGGGAUUCACAAGAGGUUCACACGGAUGUGGAAGAAUCGGAUACGGAUGAUGAUGUUGACUCUGGUGGAAGCACACCACCAGGGACACCGAAAGCUGAAACGCCAUUCAAAUUCCGACAGCGACAACGCGAAGACGAAAGGGAACGUCAACGGCUGGAGCGGCUGGUACUAGAUGACCUUGAUCUCGACUUCGACUAUACCGAGACGACACCCAGGAAGAAGACUCAACAUACUUCACCUCCACGCUCACGCCGAAAGGAGAGAACAUCUAAGAGUGAAAGUGUAAUUAUUAUCAAGGUCCCUAUCAUUCGGUUACAGGUGCGAGGACCAUCAAGAUUCCGACCUGCACGUUCGGGUGCCGUUGUUCUAGACAUCCAUGACCUUCUGAUCUGCCCGGGAAAUGAACCGUCGCCGGCAGAAGAUAGUGCGUCGGUGAAAUUUGCUUCUCCUGAGGCAGCAUUUCACCCAAGUCAAGACCAUGGGACUACACUGUUGUCAUGCAGUUGGCAAAGAUUUAUCGUCGCAUAUUGCCCCGUGCAUGAGAAUAAGGCUGAGAUGAUGGUCUCUGUUGGUUCGCUUUCUUCUGAGGAAGCCGCUGACGAUGUGCCAUCCGGCAUUGCCAUUGCAGGCGGUCGAGCAAGGCAACCACAUCUCCCUAAGCCUCGAGUCGUGAUUUCGCGGUCAAAUUCUGCAUCAGAAAAUAGCGAUACCAAGCCGUCGACUUUGGUAAUAGCACUGGAAAUACCCUCCAUGCACAUUGAAGCAUCGAAGCCUGUGAUUGAUGGUCUCCAGCUCUGGGCGGAUGAUCUAUCCAGACUGGUCGAGAAAGCCUUCAAUCCGGCGAAUGAAGCUGAAACUCAGAACGACAGUCGUUCCACCAGCAUCAUCGGAAGUCGUUACUUCGCCAAAACCAGGAGUCGGAGUAGUGGCCUUGACACGGCUAGUACCGUCAGCCAUGCUCAAGGUACUCCCUCAAGCGAAACAAUAGUGAAGGUCACGGUAUCUGAAGUUGCUCUACGCCUUGUUGUUCCUCGAUCGGAUGACGCGGGAUCACCUGUUCGGCCUUUCGACGUCUUAGCCUCUGAUUUGGACCUAUUGCUGGAAGUGAAGCCCGAGGGUAAGGAUGAGACCGUAAUCACAGUCGGUCUUAUGGACCUCACGAUCCUUGACCACACUGAGGAUGGAUCAACCUCAACGCUGCUGGCUCUUACGAUUCCUAGAACCAUGACAACUACCAUACGAUCAUUGUUGAAGCUUCGCUUUGCAUCUCUGGUUGUCGCGGGCACAACGGCUAAGGAAUCCCGGAUCAGAUUGACGAUUUCUGGCAUCACGUAUACUUUCCUACCGAAUCUGAAGUGGAUACAAGACCUGACUGAUUUUGCCAAGGCACCUCCUGGGGUUUUCGAGUCGGUCGUGCCGAGCGAAAGAACGCGUGUUUCACUUAAGCUUGUAGACACAUCGCUCAGGCUCCUGGCACCCUCAAAUCCUGGUUCCGUCAUCACCUAUAUAGGAGAAACAGAAUUUUCCACCGUCGUCGUAGGCAAUGCACAAGAGACAUCGUUCCAGCUCUUUGUGCAGAACCUCUCCCUUCUUUUGAUCGAUAAUGUGAGUAGUGCGCCUGUGGAUGAGGGUGACCGAGGUAUCGGAAAGUCAAGCAAUGUGUCUGGUGUGACUUUUUGGAAGAAUGAUGGCUAUGCGUUGCUCGCCGAAAUAGGGGACUUCGAUCUGAAAUUCCAACGCGACGAUCGCGUCUCUCCAUCUGACACACGAGUUUCUAUCGAUCAAGGCAACCUACGAAUACAUCUAUGUGCGGAUACUGCAACCGCGUUAGGUGCAUUCAUACCCGACUUUGCAUCUAUUUUCUCGAGUGCGACUGAGCCACCGCCAAAAGCGGAACGCAGAGAACCUACGUCACUCUCCGAACCUCACCGCUCCAGGCGAGGUAUUAUAGCUUCUCUCGACGAGCAUGCAUUCCGGCGAGCCCCUGAAGUUGGCCCCGCUCCGGACAUGAUCCAUGACGAUCUACCAACCAAUCUAGAAUACCUCGAUGAUUCCUUCAGUGCCUCCGCUGGCUUUCGUGAGUUGCCAGAUGACGAUGAUUUAGACGAUUUCGGAAAAGGAUACAACGACUCUAUGAGCGCCGACGAUGCUAACGUGAUAUCGAAACACGGGGGAGAAACGGUUCGCAUGCUGCAGCCACGCCUACAAAUCAUUGAACAUUACUUCGAUACACUUCCUGCAGAUGCAGAGGAUGAGGGUCUGCAAUACGGCAAUACCUCUUUGCGGGUACGCAUACGACGUUGCGAUGCCACUUUGUUCCUUUAUGACGGCUAUGAUUGGGCGCGGACACGUCGAAUCAUUGAGGACGAAGCCAAGAACAUGCGAAAACGUCUGGCUAAGAUCAGACAACUUGUCGCAAAUGGCCAAACGCCUGACCCAAGCGUGGAAGAGACCAACACAUUGCUCUUCAACUCAGUUUACCUUGGGUUGGAGCACAAUAUUGACGAUCUGGAACCAGGAGCUCUCAUCGCCGCGAUCGACGACGAGUUGAAUGAUUCGGAGACUGCGAGUCAAAGUUCAUGGCAGUCCUUCAAGCCUCAGUCUCCGACUCAUCAUCCCUCAGCGGCACGCCCAUCUCAUGUGCGACGCAAAGCCUUGACAAGAUCGAAGAGUCCCAGUGUCGAGUUCCGACUACUGAGACUAUCUGCUGAGAUGGAUCAGUACAUAUCAGAUCCGGAGCUGGCUUCAAGAACUCUCAUAACCGUGCGAGACGUCGAGAUAUUGGAUCACAUCAAGACGUCCAGUUGGAAAAUGUUCCUAACAGAUCUGAGGACCGAUUCCAAAGGCAAUAUACGCGAGACCGACUCUAACAUGGCUAGAAUUGAACUACGGAAAGUCUAUCCUGCCCCCGGGCAUCCAGCUGAGGAGGCCAGAUUGCGGGCCAAAAUUCUGCCAUUGCGCCUGCACGUUGAUCAAGAUGCGCUCGAUUUCUUGAAGAAAUUCUUUAGCUUCAAAGAUCCUGAAAGCGCACCGCUUACACCUGCUGACCCUGCCGAAGAGACUUUCUUCCAGCAAGCAGAAGUAUUUCCUGUCGAUCUCAAGUUGGAUUACAAGCCUCGUCGAGUUGAUUACAGGGCACUCCGAGAUGGCAAAACCAUAGAGCUCAUGAAUUUCUUCCACUUCGAUGGUGCUGAGAUGACCCUAAGACACAUCGUGCUGACAGGGAUCACGGGCUGGACACGGUUCUUCGAUCUUCUGAACGAUCUCUGGACGCCAGACGUCAAAGCUACUCAGCUGGUCGAUGUGAUAUCGGGUGUUGCGCCUAUAAGAUCAGUCGUGAAUGUUGGGUCAGGUGUCGCUGACCUAGUACUCCUGCCCAUAUCACAGUAUCGCAAAGACGGUCGAGUUGUUCGGGGACUGCAAAAGGGUACAACAGCUUUCGUGAAGUCCACAGCCACUGAAGCCAUCAAGUUGGGAGCACGGCUUGCCACUGGAACGCAGGUCAUCCUGGAACAGGCGGAGACAGUCUUGGGAGGUCAAUUCAAGAAUCCCAUUACUGCAGAAGCCAUGCAGAUUAGCCCUGCAGCUCUUGAUCUCGACGAAGGAACCGAAGAUGCGGAGCUAGAGGAGCUGAUCAGUAGAUAUGCAGACCAACCUACCAAUGUGAAGGAAGGGGUGCAAUCCGCGGUCAGAAGCCUGAGAAGAAACUUCAAUUCCGCUGCGCAGACGAUCCUCGCCGUUCCGAUGGAGGUGUAUGAGAGAUCAGGGAGUGAGGGCACCGUCCGCGCUGUUGUGCGUGCAGUACCAAUUGCGGUUUUAAAGCCUAUGAUUGGUGCCAGUGAAGCCAUCAGUAAGACACUUCUGGGUCUUCAUAAUACCUUGGACCCUGGCGUGAGGCUGGAGAAUGAAGCGAAGUACAAACAGCGAUGACCUGCCAUACCUUGAAUAUCGUUACCCAUCUGUAAUAUCAUACCAUCAUAUGUGUAUAUCUGCAGCAUGCAUGUUCACUUGUAGCAUAAUAUGACCGUUAUGGAUCCUGGAGACGAGAAAACAGAGUACAGAACGAGCGAGGAAACACCAACAUGACAAAAUUAAUCUAUAUCCAUACCCAUCGAACGGCCUUCGCCUGGUAUUAGAGCACUCCGAGACUUUGCAUGGACCUUGAUCUUUUCUCGGACUCUCUCCUCCAUCGAUUCCACAGCCAUUGGUUCUACCAACCUGACGGUAGUCUUCUCCACCGUCUUUUUGCGAUGUGCACGCAGUUUCUCUCGGCUUGCAGCCAUC